UCAAGUUUAUUUCACCCCUGUUGUAGAUCAUCAUGUCGAGGUAUGGGAGAGAUCCGCGCGACCAGUGUCCCCUGGACUGCAAGGUCUACGUGGGGGACCUGGGUACCCGCGGGAACGAACGGGAGCUUCGAGACAUCUUCAGCUACUACGGCCCCUUGAGAAACGUCUGGGUGGCUCGCAAUCCGCCGGGCUUUGCGUUUGUGGAGUUCGAGGACCCCCGUGAUGCUAAGGAUGCCGUCAAGCACCUAGACAGAAGAGAGAUCUGUGGAGCACCAGCCCGUGUGGAGAUGUCCACGGCUCGCCAAGCAAGGGAAGCGAGAGAAGGAAUGGGAGGUGGUCGACGCUCGCGAUAUGGCCCGCCGCCUCCGUACUACCGUCGUCCCUUUGACCCACUAGACCGUUGUUACGAGUGUGGCGAGCGCGGACACUAUGCCCGAGACUGCUACCGCUACCGCCGCCGGAGCCGUUCUCGCAGCCGUGACCGCCGCCGCCGCACGCGGUCCCGCUCCAGGUCCCGCAGCCGCGACCGCAGGAGGAGCUACAGCAGGAGCCGGUCUCGCUCGCCCUCCCGCUCCCGCAGUCGGAGCCGCAGCAGGUCCCGCCGCAGCAGGUCCCGCAGCCACACUCCACGCAGCAGGUCUGGCUCCCGGCGCGAAUCGCGCUCCAGGUCAAGGACUCCAGAGAAGCGCUCCCGUUCCCCGUCACGUGGACGCAGUGGCUCUCCAGACAAGCUUAAAGAGAACGGAGUAGAUGAUGUGCAGAAGGAAAACGACGACUGAAGCAAGCUACCUCCUCUCAGCUCCAGGCCAACUGGAACUGCAGAGAGACACAAACCUUUACCACAUUUCAUCUUGUAAAUUUAGUGUAAGUGUUAAAAGAGUUGGUCGGGCUGUCGGGAGACCUUGGUAAUGAAGUAGACAUGAGCAGGCCUCUGAAUCACAGCCCCCUCUGUAGCAAGAAAAAAAAAAUGUAAGAUAAAAUUUUGUUUUAAAGAAAUAUGAUGUUUGGUAUUUCCCUUCAACUGUGUAAAUCCUGUGGAGGAUUGUGGAGUAAAUGUGGGGGUUCAAUAACCAAUUCCAUCAAAUGUUUUCCAUUGUGAAAGCAUGCUACCAUCCACUGGAAAACAACAAUGUCAAGAAGGAACAAAAAAACGGUAAUCUUGAUUAUUCAAUUUGGUGGCAUGAAAGUUUUUUAAGACUUGAAUAAGAGGAAACAGUCGUAAAAACUUUUUCCUGCCACCAUUUUGAAGAUUUGGUUGAAUCUCUGUGAGAUGUCAUUGUUGAAAUCCUUCCUCCUCCAAGGAUUUACUCUGAAAAAGGGAAGAAAAAAGAAGUUGAGUAUGAGUAUGACUAGUGCUGUACAAACAUAGCUGGUAUUGUUGGAUUAAAGUGGUGAAAGAAACCUUGAAAGUCCUUUUGCUAGCAGAGCUGUUUGGCCCUAUAUUCCUGUAUAUGGAGGUGAUGGCAUUAUAUUAUUGGAGAAAUGUAUCGCAUAUAUCCGCUAGCUUUGGUAUUACCUGUGCAGCUAAGGGAUGAAUGUCUAGUUGAUGCUGAGAAAUCAUGCGAUGCUACAGUUGAAGCCAACUUUUUUGAGCAUUCAUAAAAAUGUGUCUAGUAUAGUACAUUCCAUUACCUGUAGUUCUGCCAUAGUCUGUCAAGAACAGUAACUUCCUCUGACCAAGCUUGUCUGCAAUACUUCAGCCGGAGCUUCUAAAAUAGAUACUGGAAGAGACAAGUUCAUCAUCUUGAAUUACUAUUUGAAGUUUUCUUUUGGUGAAUAUGUGAAAUUUAUUAGACUGGUAGUGAUAUUGUGACAAAUAAUAGGUGUAAGUGGAGUCAUACCGUGAGAUUUCCUGUAUAUGGUGUAAUAAUAACUGUUAGUUGGGUUUUGUUAUUUCUGUAUAGGUGUUCCAUGAACGUUAGUAACAGAAAUUUCUGCAACUAGCUCUACACUUGUCUGAACCAGCUUUGGAAGCAGUUUAUGAUGUAGCCUUCUUGUCCAGUGAUUUUCUGUUGCUUUUUCGAGAAGGUCCUUCUAUUUCUUACCGCCAGUGCUUCGUCCGCUGUUUUUGAAUGUUUGAUGUGCUUUUAAUAAAGAUCACCAGAUAUC